GCGCGCUCCGCUGCCGGACUUUGUUGUUGUUGUGUUGCGUUGUGUUGCUGUCGUGCCUUUUAUUGCCGCCUCUGCUCCGGCUGCGCUGCUUCCACCAGUGAAAAGUCCUGGACGAAUCUAAAGGGGAGGAAGUCAGUCAAUGCAACUGAGGACAAAAAGCCUUGCAUGCGGAUGUGGGAGGGGUGGAAAGAUUGUCAAAGCAGCCUUCCUCCUCCUGGUAAUUGGACUUGUGUAUUCUGAGCUGAUGAAUUCAGACAUUCCUCGUGGGGUUGCAAAUAGAGGGAAACUGCACAUAGUUCAUGGCUUGUUUGUUGGCAUAGCAAUUGUGGGCCGGAUUCUGCAGAAUCUAGGCAUUUGUCAUCAGGUCAGCUUCAUCCGAUGGUUCAUGGCUUGUUUUCUGAAUCGCUUGAAUCCAGUUCCUUCAGGUCUGAGAGUGAAGGACCUGAAAUUCUGUGAUGUGCCAGUUCGAGUCUAUGAACCCACCAAGGUUUGCGAUGGGUUGAGUAGAGGUCUCAUAUAUUUCCAUGGAGGAGGUUGGAUACUGGGCAGUCUAGAUUCUGUUGAUGAAGUCUGUCGGCACAUUGCCAUGAAGUCUGACACCACUGUUGUUUCUGUUGGGUACCGAUUAGCCCCAGAGCACAGAUACCCAGCCCAACUGGACGAUUGUGAGGCAGCAAUCUGUCACUUCCUGUCAGUUGCUGAGGCAGAGUUCAGCGUGGACUCCCAUAGAGUGGCAGUCGGAGGGGACAGCACUGGGGCUAAUCUGGCAGCAGCAUUGUGCCAAAGGCUGGCAAGGAGAGAGGAUGGACAUCUGCCAUUCCCAUGUGCUCAGGUCCUCAUCUACCCAGCACUGCAGAUGGCAGAUUUCAACCUGCCCUCAUACCAGCAGAAUCAUGCCGUGCCCAUAUUGUUUCGUGGCCGGAUGGCAUUCUACUUCCUGCAGUACCUCAGCGAGGACGUAUCUGUGUGCCAAGAUGUGCUAGAGGGCAACCAUGUCCCCACUGAGCUGAGGCCGUGCUACAAGGCGUGGCUCUCCUCAUCCAACUUACCUCCGGAGUGCCUCGCACGUGGAUUCAGUGAGCGUCAAAGCCCAGGGUAUGAUGGCAAUGUGUAUCACACAGUCAAAGCUGGUUUGGAACCUGAGGUCUCCCCUUUACUGGCAGAAGAUGCGGUCCUUAAGAAAACCCCGCCCACCUUCAUUCUCACCUGCGAGUACGAUGUCCUGAGGGAUGAUGGGAUUCUUUACAGGAAAAGGCUACUGGAUCUGAAAAGAGAUGUCAAUUGGCAACAUGUGAAGCAUGGUUUCCAUGGCAUGAUUAACUUUUUCAACCAGGGCUGGCUCACUUUUCCCUCUGCACUGUGGGUCAUGGAUAGUGUUGUUAAUUAUGUGGAAACACUGUGAAGAUCAUAAAAAAGGGUCAUGUACUUUAUUCUGUACUUUUUUUUAAAUCUUGUUUCACAGUUUAAUAAACAAAACUUUCCUCCACUGGCAGCACUCCUCUUUAUUAAAAGUACAUUGUUCACAGAAGACAAACCGCCCUCCACAAAAAUCAAUAAACAAAACCUGCUCCUUUUUUUUUUUUCAAAAAAAUGAAAAGUAGCCUGCCGGACACAAAGUCUAAGAACAAUUUCUGGCAUUUUAACAUUAUAGAGUACACUGCUUAAAGGUAAAUGUCAUGCCCUGGCCUUAAGGAAUGUAUUUCCUUUGAACACAGAUAUAAGACAUCUCCAAUUUGCUUCCACUAUACUCUGCUUGCCUUCCUGCUCAGUGUUUGCUGUAUCCAUGGCAACAGAGCUCUUCUAUUUCACCCACAUGUGAUCUUUUGACAAGCUAACCAUGCUCUAACGGUAGUUCAGAUUUGACACCAGGCAAAAGUGUACACCACACAGGGGUGGACCAAAGCUGGAUAGAGUUAGAGCAGAACUAUUCAAACAGGGCUUUUUGGGAAUUAGGCAGAGAAAAGAAAUUCAGAAUUUGAUUUACUUAUUAGAUAUUUUACUUUCAAUGCUCUACACUCUGCAACAUCGCACAAAGGAUAUCGGAAGACAGUUGCGCCAGUUUGUGAAAAGAUAAUUUUAGUGGUGCUUGAAUCAAAAUGAUAUGUUUCGAAUUAAGCAUACAACAUUGGUUGAGUAUGCAUCCCUUUUCAUUGUGCAGAUCCAAAACAUAACCAGUGGCAGUCUGCCAAAUGUUUUGUAGCACCUCAGCUGGUAGUCAAAUCUAUAGCAAAGUGAUUAGGCUGCCUCAGUUCAGCUACAUCAGCACAGCCUCCUAGUGGGCGAGGUUUCAGCUGGAGACUAAUUGCAUUGAUGUGAGGUUGGCCAUGGACCGCUGGUUCAGGAUCAGGCAGGAGAAAUUGGUUAAAAAAUACUGUACAACAGCCCAGAUCAAUAGAGAAGUGUUAGCUUUCCUGAUCCCUGUCCCGGACUCAUUGCUCAAGCCCCUGUACUGUAUACACCCCUCCCCUUCUCAGUCCUCUUUGCAACGUCUGUUUAUUCUG